GGGCUUGAGGAGGUGGCAUUCCUAACCCGGGGAGACAGGAAAAAGCAGAGAGCCCUCAAGUAUAGUUAACACUGUGCCAGUGGGCCUCUCCCAAGCUGCCUCCUUCUCUUGUACCGGCUCUUCUUAAUGAAGAAAACAAGCACAGUAAAACAGACCUAGCCUACUGCAGCCCAAGAAACAAAGAUUUUCACGGUGAGAACCUGGGUUUGCAGGUUGGUUGUGAAAGACACGCGUUUCACUGUCUGCAACCAUGAAGAAGAUGGACAGAAACAUGGCGAGGGGACCACUGUACAAGCAGUUCGACUCGGAGAGGAAGAGUGCCAGGCGAGCUGAAGCUCGACUCAGCCUAAGCCUGCAAAGGCUAGAGGUCAUCUGCCUCUACCACGUGAAGACGCUGGCCAGGGAGCAGAGACAGCUUCAGAAAGAACUGCAGCGGCUGCAGCAAGCAGAUAUCAUCAAGAAAAGGUUCUCCUCUUAUGCCGAGAAUGGUACUCAGAAGAGACCAAGAGAUUCUUUCACGUUCUCACCACAAACAGGACAGAGGCACAUAGCCACACAGCCUAAAAUCAGGGUACCACCAACCAAUAUGACCCAAGAAGCUAAAACUAAGAUUCAUGGCCCCUCUUUACCUGACAGUGCCCUCAAAGCUGCUCCGAGAAGCCAGGAGCACCCGCAAUCCCAGCGUGACAGCACCAGCUGCUACAAGGAAGAGUAUUCAGGAGUCCAGGAGGGAGAGUCUACGAAACCACUUAAGGUCACGGACUCGAACAGGGAUGUCUCUGUCCCAUGUCAUGGCCAAGAGGUUUCCACCAACAAUACAGAAGACAUCCCUGUGUCCAGCCCAAAUGGUGCGAGGGGCUCAGCACCUGCAGAGGAGACUAAAUCAAAAAAUGCCGAUCUAAAGCCACACGAGGAUGCCGGGGACCAAAAUGCCCCAUGCUCUGCGGAAUGUGCCGGAAGCUUCAAUGACAAGUGCAGAAAGCCAACCUUCCUCGAGCUGUUGGCAAAGGCCAAAGAGGCCCACUAUCUCCGCCACAGGGUGCCCCCCGAGUCCGAGAGGAUGCUUAGCAUUGGGGAGAUAUUUGGACAUGGAGACGCCUCACUACCCAGAGCAGGGAAAAAACUAUGAAAAUGGUACCAAGUUCCUUCCUACCUGGCUGUGUAAUGUAGCCUGACAGUAAGAUACCAUAAUCACUAAGGAAAUGUGACCCUCAAAUAGCUGCGAUAAGCAAAGCACAGAAAUAAGUGAAAAUCCAAGACAACUUUCUUCUGCAUCGUUAGGGCCUCCUGCCCUUGUAUAUGAUCUUUCUCAGAAUAAACUUGCUCAUAAUAAAGGCUACUAUGAAAGGAGGGGGGAAUUUUUGAAAAUAUUUUAAAUUGAGAACCUGGACUUGUUUGAUGGAAACAAAGUCUUGUUUAUCCAAAGGUCCAUCUCCUAUAAGAGCUGCUUGUAGCGCCACCUGCUGGCCAAACAGCACAGCUAGACAUCUUAUUUUCCUUUCUUUUAGGGUUUGCAUGGGAACCCCACUGAAAUUAUGUACAGUGCUGCGGUCUCCAAAUAAAACCUGUU